UGAAAAUGUGUCACAGAAUCUCGCCGCCCCCUCGCCCCGCUCGUUGCUUGUGCUGAAUACUGGGGACCACGCGAGAUUACAGGAGAGAAGUCGAGUUGGGUGUGGAGGGCGGAUGUAGGUCCCUGUGUUAAUGUUGCGCUCCUCAUUCACUUCAUGGCCAAAUUGUAUCUCUACCAAGGGAGGGGAACCCAGUUCUGUGAAACUCCGAAGAUAAAAAGGUAACUGAGAGAUGGAUUCGCGUCGGUGUGUUUGUUGCACAUCCCUUUGAGCAAGCUUCAUCACAGAGCUCGCUGGAGGACACAGCUUGCUCCUGAUUUCUAUCUGAAUGCCUCACACAAACCGGAGCGGACACUGACCUACGUUUGUGUCGUUACAAAGAAGCUUAAAAAACAGCUUUGACAGGUGCAGGUGAGGCCCCUGAGAUGCGGCUGCGUAGGUGGGUGUGGAUUGUGUUGCUGCUGACCGCGGUGCUGUCCUGCCUGCUCAGUGUGGAUCACAUCGAGGGCUGGUGGAUGAGCUGGGGAGUGUGGGGAGGAGCCCUGUCGGCCGAGGCUCGGACCCGGGCCCUGGCAGCGCUGCGGCGGGAGCAGGAGGCCCUGAGCACCCGGCUGGAGGACUUCUACCUGCUGCCCAACGAGCGCUCCUGCGCCCCGACCGCCCCCUUCCUGCUGAGCCUGGUCACCAGCGCCCCCCCCAACGCCGAGGCACGCCACGCCAUCCGCCAGACCUGGGGCAGCCUGACGAGCGUGGGGGGGCGUGCCGUGCGGACGCUGUUCCUCCUGGGGAUCCCUGACACCCCCGCCCAGCGCCAGGCACUCGCCAGCGAGGCUGAGCGGCACGGAGACAUCGUCCAGGGAAACUUCAGAGACUCGUACGCAAACCUGACCCUCAAGACCCUCUCCCUGCUGCGCUGGACUGCCAGGUACUGCCCCCGCGCCUCCUUCAUCACCAAGGUGGAUGACGAUGUCAUGCUGAACUACGAGGUGCUCCUACCCUACCUGGAGAGACUGAGGAGCAACGAGGAGAAGGGAGAAGGGGAGUGGGGGGAAACUGUGGGGAAUGGAAGCAGAGAAGAGAAGAAAGGGGGGAAAUCAGAGGGGAACGUAAAGGGCGAGGAGAGGUGGGAGUGGGAGAGGAACAGGGGCUGGUCUGGGCAGUGGGCUGACUGGAGGGGGAGCUGGUUCUCCGGUCCGGACCUGUACCUGGGUCGGGUUCACAGGGGUGCGGUUCCGAUCCGGGACCCCCGCAGCAAGUCCUUCGUGUCGCACCGGGUGUACCCCCAGGACCGCUUCCCCCAGUACUGCAGCGGCACGGCCUACGUGCUGUCCAGCUCGGCGGCCCGCAAGCUGUACCUCACCUCCUACCUGACGCCCCCCUGCCCCCUGGAGGACGUGUUCGUAGGGUUGAGCGCGCGGGGGGCCGGCUUGCGCCCCUCCCACUGCGGCCUGUUCUCGGGGGGGCCGCGCAUCCCCUUCGGGCGCUGCUGCUACGGCUCCCUGAUCGCAGCGCACCACGUGACUGCGGAACAGCAGCACCAGUACUGGGGGGAGCUGAGAGGGGGGCCGCCCUGCUCCUGGAUCACAGGCAGGGCGGCGCUAGGGUUCUGCAAACUGCGUGUACUGCUGAAGGACACAGAGACUUAAUACACUGUGACACACGCACAGGAUUACAAUGAGGGGACUGAUUACACUGCGACACACGCACAGGAUUACAAUGAGGGGACUGAUUACACUGCGAUACACGCACAGGAUUACAAUGAGGGGACUGAUUACACUGCGACACACGCACAGGAUUACAAUGAGGGGACUGAUUACACUGCGACACACGCACAGGAUUACAAUGAGGGGACUGAUUACACUGCGACACACGCACAGGAUUACAAUGAGGGGACUGAUUACACUGCGACACACGCAGAGGAUUACAAUGAGGGGACUGAUUACACUGCGACACACGCACAGGAUUACAAUGGGGGGACUGAUUACACUGCGACACGCAGGAUUACAAUGAGGGGACUGAUUACACUGCGACACACGCAGAGGAUUACAAUGAGGGGACUGAUUACACUGCGACACACACAGAGGAUUACAAUGAGGGGACUGAUUACACUGCGACACACGCACAGGAUUACAAUGAGGGGUCUGAUUACACUGCGACACACGCAGGAUGACAAUGAAGGGGGUCUGAUUACACUGCGACACACGCAGGAUGACAAUUAUUAUUAUUAUUAUUAUUAUUUAUUUCUUAGCAGACGCCCUUAUCCAGGGCGACUUACAAUCGCAAGCAAAUACAUUUCAAGUGUUACAAUACAAGUAAUACAAUAAGAGCAAGAAAUACAAUAACUUUUGUUCAAGCAAAGUACAAGUGUGACAAACCACAAUUCAAUAAUACAGCAGAUAAUAGUGAUAGUUACAUCAGGUUAUGAUUAAAUACAAAGUACUACAGACAAUGAAGGGGGUCUGAUUACACUGCGACACACGCAGGAUGACAAUGAGGGGGUCUGAUUACACUGCGACACACGCACAGGAUUACAAUGAGGGGACUGAUUAUACUGCGACACACGCAGUAGGCUUCAUGUUGUUUAUAAUGAAUGAAUGCACAGGUAAUGAGUAAAUGCCAGUGUUAUUCAGUUUAGAUUUAAGUCAUUUAAUUUCUGCCAAGUAGGCAGAAAUAAAAGAACCAUCAUUUGCAUUGUGUGCAUUAACAUUCAAAGUGAUUUGUGUGCUUUUUGUUAAAGAAAAUAAUAUAAAACAAAAUGAA